CAAAAAAUCAAAUUACAGAUAAACUUUUAAAAUAAACAAUUAAAAAAGGAGGGAUAUUAAAUGAGUUUCAUGUGAAUUAUAAACCUCAAAUUAUCGUGACCGACUUCAAACACACACACACACACACAAAAACCCCCUCAAUUUCUCAUUUUCAGCUAUAGCAGCCGCCUCCUCCACUAACUCAAAUCCUUUCAAUCAAAUCUGUUUCUUUCUUCACUAUUUCAAGCUGCCUAUCGAAAACCCUCAAGAACUUUGUGUCCCCAUUAAGCCAAAUCACAAGAAACUCAUGGGACCAAUGAUGAAAGCAGAGGAAGACUAUUAUCUAAGUCCACCAUGGCUAAUCCCAAUGCUAAGAGCAAACUACUUCGUCCCUUGUUCGAUCCACGCCGAUUCCAACAAGAGUGAAUGCAACAUGUUCUGUCUUGACUGCUCUUCCAACGCCUUUUGCUCUUACUGUUUGUUCAAUCACAAAGACCAUCGUGUCCUUCAGAUACGGAGAUCAUCGUACCACAACGUUGUGAGGGUGAACGAGAUUCAGAAGUACAUAGACAUCUCUUGUGUUCAGACAUAUAUCAUCAACAGCGCAAGGAUCGUGUUCUUGAACGAACGUCCUCAGCCAAGAAUCGGCAAAGGCGUUACAAACACUUGUGAAAUCUGUUGCAGAAGCCUCCUUGAUUCUUUCCGUUUCUGCUCUCUCGGUUGCAAACUUGGAGGGAUGAAGAGAGGGAAUCAAAGUCUAACCUUCUCUCUGAAAGGGAAGCAUGGGAGGGAGUAUCAAGGUGGGUCAGAAUCUGAUGAGGCGACCACACCUACUAAGAUACGCAAGACGUGUGCUUUCAACCGUCUGAUGAGCGGUCUCUCCAUCUCCACCGUUAAGUCCGAUUACUUUUCAGGAGAUCAACGGUCUUCCAGCUCCGGUGAUGAAAGCGGUUUUUCUCCGGGGACGCCGCCCAUAUAUAAUCACCGGAAUUCAAGCAGACGGAAGGGUGUACCACACCGUGCUCCGUUCUGAAAUUAACCAAAAAGUAACUAACUAUUAUACUAUGUAGGAUGGAUGCCCAUAUAUAUUAGUAGAUGCUGUCAUUAUUAUAUAUUGUAAAUGAUAGAUGAUAUAAGAAGCAUAUAUAUGUACAUGUUUUUCUUUUAUGUAUACUUUUGUUAAUACAUACAGGAAAUAGGUUUUAGCACUUUUAAGGGAUUGAAAUAUGCUUUUAUAUAGUUUUUGCUGUAAAGACACGUUUGAAAGGAUAUAUGGUUCGUGGUAUGCUGUUUGUACGUAGUACGGUUACGGUGUAAUUAUUAUAGUUACAAGAAUAUAGCAAAUAUACUUUUGUUUUUCUAAGACGUGGAAGUUGCAAUAAUAUUGUUGAAGGG